UUGCUCGGAUACGGAUCGCUCGGAAGCGGAAACGGAAAGGACGCGCGCGGUUCAUUCGGAAUAAGUGACAAGUCUUUUGGCUUGAAAUGGGAUUCUUUUCAGACAAGCAACUGUGGUUUUGUGUGUGUGUGUGUGUGUGUGUGUGUGUGUGUAUUGGAACUAGUGGUUACAUAAAAAAGUAAAGAUCUACAUAAUCAUCUCAAAACGAACGGUAGCCUACUUUCCUACCGGUGUACCGUUAUGAAAUGUGCGAUACGGAUGUGUAUGUGCGCUAGUAUAUGACUAGUGUGUGCAAAAUUUGAACCCGGUGGCGUAGGGUCAUUCGCUCGGCUUAUGGCCUAAAUGUAGGCUAAAAUACGCCGCGAUGUAUACCUGCAGUGGAUGGAAGAAUUUCUAUUUGUUUCGUUCAGCGAUUAUGCCGUCGAGACGUCGCCUUUGGUGUUCUGUCUGAAGUGUAACGGUGUUGUAUAGUAUAGUGUCGGGGCUGGUUCGUGAGAGAAAAAAAAAAGGAUUACAACUAAUUCCGUUUUAUUCAAUCUGAAUUUGAGUGGCGUACUGCUGAAUAGGCGGUGUGUGUGCGUGUGGGGGGUGAUUGUGUUCCGUGACCGAACGGAUAUACGUACUUUCUCGCAUCCAAGUGGGAUUCAAUAGUCUACUCGUACCAUGGAAAACAGCGCACUAAACUGGACAGUGGCAACAACAGCGCCCGGUAGAUAAUACAAGCGCCAACAGGUUAACCUCACCCGGCACUGGAGAUGACCAUCAUGGAUGGUAGCGGUAACAGAUUAGACGUUAGACAUCAACAGCAGCAGCAGCAGCAAAAUCAACAGAAACCACCGGAACAACAGUUCCAACGAGCUCAGUAUCAAAAGCAGCAAACCCAUCAGUUUGGCAUUACCGGCAACACUUCCGCUAAAGAUGGAAAGGUUUCUUGUCCCGGUAGUACUGCUACCGCUGCCACUGGCAGCACCACUGCGGGACAAUUUCCGGCAUCGUUUCCCGACAGCUUCAAAGACUUUUUCGCAAUGCUCAACGAGGAGGACGACCAUGUCGAUUUGUUCUCCAACAUACUAGAGGAUAAGGACAUCCCCCGCGGUACCAAGUGUCGCUACAGUCGAACCGCCAAUGCACCCGGUGCUGACACCACUGCCGGUCGUUCCAGUUACUCUGUUGCUGCUUCACCACACUCCUCAUACGGUGGUGGAAACCGAUCCUUCGGGCACGGAUUUGUGGCAGGAAGUAACAACAACAACUUUGGUCGUUCGAGUUCGUUUCGACUGCACCGGAACAAGCCAUCCUUCGCGGGGGUAACGGAACAGCAGCAACUAACCCCCAGCGGCAGCUAUCACUCGUCAAAUCAGCAACUGUUGAUUAAAAACAUUCGCAAUCAACUGGGUGGAUCCGGGUUGAUAGCCGGUUCAGCGGUGAGUGGUGAAAGUGAGGAAGAUAAUAAAUCGAUGAAGAAUUUGAAUUUAAUCAAAAGUGCAAUAGUGGACCGGUCUCCGUCCUCUUCGGCUUUGGCCGGUCUUGUGGCGGCGGGAGCUAGUGGUGUCGGAGGAUUGACGGUGACGGGAUUUCCUGGACCGGCUUCAAUUAAUCGGUCCAAAUCCAAUAGUAAAAUCGAUGAUCGUUCGCCUAACUCGUAUGAGAUGAAAAAUUUCGAGUAUGGUACUGGUGGUGGCGGAGCGGCUGGAGCGCAGGGGAGUAGCCGAAGUUAUAAGAUUAGCGAAAACAGCGACGAAGUCGAGGAAGAUGCCCUGAGUUCAAGCGGCAGCAGCAAAAACCUCUCGUCAAAGCUGACAAAAACAACCACCUCCUACUGUUUCAUGCGCCAUCACCAACAACAACAACACCAACAAUUGCAGCAACCCACGGCAAAGCCACCACAUCACCACACCAGGAACAACUCCCUUCGGGUGCAUCGUUCCAAUGCAUCAUCCUCCAUCUCCCCAUCGGCCUCCAUCAUGUUCAGCCAAGGUGUCAACAAAUCCACCAUCGGCGGUUCCUGUGCCUCCUUCUCAGCAUCAGCGGCAUCGUCGACGGCCACCACCUUCGGUAUCGGAAAUUGCCCGACCGGGAAUUGCCUGCCAUUGGCCGGUUGCAACUGUUGUCCCAGCAAGCAGGAAUUUAAACAACAUCAAAAGUCACCCGUUUUCAACCGGCAACGCUCGUCGUCGAUCAGUGUCGCGCGGCCCACGCCCGAUUUGUAUCGGUUUCUGAAGGCGGAAGUGCCGGUGCAGCAACCGCUAUCACCGGGGUCAAGAUUCGAAUCACGCGAAAAAUUUUCCGCCCUGACUGCAAGCGCCACCGGAGCUCAUCUAGCUUCGUCAACAUCAACCCUGUCGACACUGGUGGAAAGCAUAAGUGGCGUUAGUAGCAACGCAGUAGGCGCCCCAACGGGAAUCAACAACGCACAAACAGGCGGCGAGUCAGCGAUCGAUGUCGAGUGCGUCGGAACGAUGGUCGAUAAUAGCGGCGUCGGUAGUUUCAGUAACAAUAACAACAACAACAAUAGCAAACAGCAGCUCAAUUUCAACCUUGGCACAAUUACCAAAGAAGCGGCCGCCGGUCAGCAGCAGCAGGGUGGCGGUAAUCUAUCAUCCUCACCGUCCGGCUAUCGGCUGAAGUAUGCUGGCGGUGGCGGGGAUGCACCGUCGGUAUUGAUGUCCGGCCGAUUGGACAAUCGCUUCCAAAAUGGAGAAAACGAUGCCAAUUUCAACAAUCAGCAUCAUCCAGCGGGGGGAAACGCGGCGCAUCGAACCGUUAGCAUCAGUACCACAACCAUCGUGUGUGGUGGUCGGGAUGGUAGCCGUACACCGGCACUGCCCGGUGGCCCGGGAUUGGAGAAUGCCAAACAGCAGCGAAUGCGGACCUCCAGCAUGCCGGUAGAGAAUCGGAAGCCUCGCUUGGCGGAUACCAGACGCUCGGCUAUUCACUGCGCCGACGUCGACAUGGAGUACUAUCGGCUUCGCAGUUUCAGCAUUACGUCCCACGGGAUCUGCAAUCUAGGUGAUUCGAUGAGAAGUCGCCGCUCCCGUUCAAUCAACUCGGUUACAUCGGCCAGUUCCGGUGGUGGGAAGGAUCGAAAGGGAAGUAGCGGAUCGCAAAAACAGGAUGCUCACAUGCAGUCUGCCGAGGGCAGCGGGGACAACCUGACUGCGGUCAAGGAGAAAGACAAUGCGUACAAGGUCGCAAUGCUGGGAGCUUCCGGGGUUGGGAAAACGGCACUUACCUACCAGUUUACGACGUCGGAGUACAUCUGCGCGUACGAUUUGAGUUUGGAUGACGACUACGGACAGAAGACAGUUUCCGUGUUACUGGAUGGACAGGAGACGGACCUGGAGAUCAUCGAUCAUCCGGCCUGUGAGAUGUCGGAAGAAGCCUUCUGCUCCACCUACCACAUCGACAUAUUCGUGGUCGUCUAUUCGGUGGUCGAUCGAGGAUCAUUCAAAAAAGCCGAAAAAAUCCUCAACUUUCUCAAGGACUCCGAAAUGCUGCUAACUCGCGGUGUCAUCCUGGUCGGCAACAAAACGGACCUGGAGCGGCAGCGUGAAGUUCCCUGCCAGGUAGCUCGCCGGUUGGCAAAAGAAAUCGGCGCAAAAUUCAUCGAAACCAGCAGCGGAAUGGACUACAACGUAGACGAACUGCUGGUAGGGAUCGUCGCUCAGGUUAAGUUGAAUCCACAGCGGCUCAAUCGGCUAACCGACAAGCAGCGCAACAGUAUUGCGGGAUCGGUUGUUCCGCCAGCGAAGACCACUAUCAGGGGUCGCAAAACGGCAAUGUCGAUGCGAGAGUUGACGGGGAAAGAUGCCGCUAGCCGGAUACGGAGAAUUGUUCGCCGAAGCAGCAUUGGAAAAUUCGGAUCAGAAGAAGAUGACGAUUACGAGCUGGGUGAUAAGCGGCUGCGGAAGAAACCGCACGACUACCACCGGGAUGAGGAAGAUGGGGAAAGCGAUGACGAACGGUCGACGGACAAUGAAACGAACCUGUUGCGACGGAAACGUUUCGAUCUGCCGAGUACUUCGGGACAAAUUGGAUACGGCAGUGCUUCGAACGUUAGGACUUUGAAGCGAAUGUCCUACGAUCAGCAGCAGGAUGGGGAGGAGCAGUCUCAGCAGCAGCAGCAGCAACAACAGGAAGCUCGUCGUUCACCGCAACCGGGAGUUAAGCGGUUUAACUACAUCGACGAAAAGCCGUCGGUCGCCGGAAGCUCGUCCAGCACAAACAAAUUUGCCAACCGAACCAAACUGCUGCUGACUUCGUUUUUGAAGUUCAAACGGAAUCUGCGCGUGAAGCGACGCAGUUCCGGCAGCUGCAGCGAUUUGUUUGUAAUUUAGGGGGUGCGUGGUGGGAUAAUGUUUUUAUGGGUUUCCUAUUGUUGUUAUAAUUAAUUAGUGUAUUCUUUACACACAAACGCACACGAUUGCAUUUAUCGUGGCAACAAAUGGGAUCAAAAUAAACGGUUUUAAACAGUAGCGGCAUAAUGGAACACAACGAACGUGUGCGGCUGGUGGAAGUAUGAAGGGAAAGCGUAUCUACUGUUAGUAAUAGUAGGCUAUGAAUCUCUAGCAGUGUCACAAAUAAUCGAGGUCAAAUGAAAGAUGAAAAUUUUUAAAAUUGUUCCCCCGUGUCACACCCGAUUUGUUUCUUUCUUGACAGUAGUUAGAAAAUGUGUUUUGGUAGUGUUUUUGUUGUACCAAUGUUUGAAAACAAUAAGCAAAAAUUUAGACGGUAAGUAACGAGUCCAAGAACAAAAUCAAACGUUAUGUCAAAAGGAAGGGGAACGUUUCGAUGUUUUUACUGACUUUUAUUAGACAACAAAUAAUCAGUUGCCGAAUUAGCCUAAGCAUAAAUCAAUAAUACAGCUAAUAAGGUUGAUUAAAUAUGUGACAAGAUUGAUGAACAAACUUGCAACGAAGUCGUAAGCAAGGGAAAUGUAGAAAAAUGUCAAUAAUAACUGUAAGAUCGGUAAACAGCACUACAUCCCACCAUUUUUUUCGCGAGCAAUGUAAAAUGUUUGUUCCUAAUAUUUCAAUAUAAAUUACAACAACAAAUAGUGUGACAGUAAAAGUCAACAUUCACGUGAGCAGAUGGUAGGACUCAAAGAUGCAGGCAGCCACGGUCUUUCUUUAUUCCUACUAACACGAUUGUUUCCGUAUGAAUAAUACAUUACGAUCACAAGUCCAAGCUUGAACAAUACCUGUGUUCAUGUAGCGUUCACGUAUUGCAUAUCCAGCCAAUGAGCGACUGAAUAAUACAUUGGAGAGUAAACUAUGUCCAGUUGAUUGUCGAGACCGGAUUGUCCUCAAUCACGGUGAAUGAACUUGAUUGAAUUUGUUCACAAAGAAAUGUACAAAACGACAUCAACUCGCGAAUUGAAAAUGUGUCAAAGUCUUCCACUAUUCCUCUUACACGAUUGCGUGGGGGUAGUCAACCGAAAACUGUGGAAGAUAAAACAAAACCAAUGCACCAAGAGACAGAAGAGAAUAAAAAAAAUCGAACAGUAUCCUAUCGCAUAUCGAUUUAUGUACUUCACAUAUCCAAUUUAUUUUGGACAUCCGUGCUUAACAUAAAAUGAAUUUCCCAUUUUCGACUUGUCAUUGUCCUAUCACAACUUGUAAUAUCUUGUGCAAAUUGAAUCAGUGAAUUCAGAUGCAAACAAAAAAUGUCAGAAUAUCAUUUAAAAACGACUAAAGCAUAAGCGAAUACAAAUAAUAAUAAAAAAAAACUGAAAAUCAAAGCUAGACACACCGUAAA